AUGGAGCCGUUGCGUAUUGAAGCCAUAUGCAUGUACUGUACCAGCUUACUGCCACCAGUACAAAAGGAAGGUUGGAGUGUUACUGUAAUGCUUGAGACUCUGAAGCGACUUGGGCAGUUGAUGGAACGGGACGGUGUAUGCGAGAGUUGGACAACUUUGCUUCAAGACUUACUGUACUCCUUUCAGACACAGAUAGAGCUCAGGGUUAUUGAGGAAACCCGUGUGAUGAUAGACGUAGAGCUCAGACGUCUACAAAUCCGUCUGUAUAAGUUUAUUGCCUACGAUGCAGUGGCACGUCGAGUCAUUGUGUUGACAAAACAACUCUUGGAGUACAUCGACACCAAAUGUGGGCUGCUUGAAACACUACACUUUUUGGAUGGACAGUGUCGAUACUGUCUUGGGACGCACCCGAAGGAGUUAUGCCCGCAUCACAAAGAGCCAUGGAUAUGUGAGGAAUGUGGAGCUGAAAACAGUAACGCGGAUGCUUGUAGCUACGUGUGCCAACAAUGUCUGGCCUUGCGUCCUUACGUACAGGAAAAGUGCCCGACAGAGGCGUGGGAGUGUCCUCGAUGCCAGCGAGUGAACGCUGAACUUGAGGCAUUUUGUAUCUUCUGGGGCGUCCAGCAUGCUGCUGUGGAGAGCGCUGUUGAGGAGGCGUCUGAGGCCUGCGCAUUCCUUCCAGCUAAAUGUGUCUCGUGUGGUCUCGUGCACUUGGAGGCGCGGUGUCCCCUUUGUCACGAUGACGUUCCGGAGUCAAUGAACUAUGCGGAGGGGGUUGUGUGUAUGGUGACAAGCCGCCACGCUUUUAUCCAGCCCUCAGGUACGGAGCAUCCCAACCAACGGGUGUACGUCGGCGUGCCGUGGCUCCAGAAGCGGCAGUGGGCGGAAGGAGAAAAAGUCAUCUUUACGGCAAAGCUCAAUAAACGCGGUGGAUUUCGGAUGACAUUUAUCCACCCUUAG